AUAAAACGUGGUGGCACAGCCCGUCUAGGUGACAGGUCGGGUUAUUUAACAGCAGAAUAGCCGCUCAGUAAGCCAGUUUGAGCAUCAUUAGAAUUUUACAGCUUUUGCAACUUUAUUUUGGAGAAGGAGCUUCAUAUUCGUCAUGACAUCCGUGAGCAUGUUUAUUUGGGCAAUGUGGCUGGUUGCUGCAGCUGAUGCAAAGAAGGAGGUAGAGAUUAUUCCAGCAUCGGGAGACACCCAGCUUCACAGCAUCAAGCUGUUUCUGUGCAAAGUGAAGGGGGGUGAAGCUGACAUGAAAUGGCUUGACCCGAACGGAACGGAAAUCGAGGAUGGAGAAGACCAACGAUUCACAGUGGAAAAGAUCGAUGAGACAACUAGUACACUGCUGAUCAAUAGAGCAGAAAAGAACGACAACGGAAUCUAUACGUGUGUGUCCACCUUUGAGGACGGGACAGCAGAAAGAGUCACUGUCAAUAUAAAGGUUGUCCCUCCUCCCACUGCUAGGAUUUCAGAAGAUAGCGUCAACGCGACAGCUGGCUCCACCUCCAGCAUCACCUGUGUGGUGGAGGGGGAUCCGCAACCUCACAUCAACUGGACCAGGAACGGAAGACCUAUUAAAGCGAAACCCGGGCGGUUUGGGUUUAACUCGGACCAGAGCGUUCUGACAAUCUACGCAGUGGAGAAGACGGACGAGGGGCAAUACACCUGCAUAGCCACCAACAAAAUCAACAGCUCCAGUGCCAACGUGACCCUGCACGUGUCAGUGAAACCGGAAGUACAGCUUGAAAGGUCCAAAGAGGCGCGACCCCAGGAAAGUACUUCAAUCACAUGUAAUGCCACAGGAGACCCCCUUCCCACAAUGCACUGGGUCCGGAAGGGCAACAAACUGGUCCCUGAUAGCCGCACCGAAAUCUCCCAGCAGCCCCUCUCGUCCACUCUCACCCUGCAGAAGGUGGAGCCCUCGGACGGGGGCAUCUACACCUGCGUGGCCACUAGCCCGGUCGGGGAGGACAGACAAGACGUCCUUGUACAGACGAUCCCCUUCACCCCAGACAACGUGAGAGCUAAUCCAGGAGCCGCCUCUGUGGAUAUUAUAAUGGAGAUGCCCAAACCGAUCGAAGGAGCCGAGAUCCUCCGAUACAAACUGCAAUGGAGAGAGGAGGGCAGAAGCCAGUGGAGCACAACGACUGUGGAAGCCAACAAUUCCCUAACCAUCGCUGGCCUCCUCUCCGACACAUCAUAUGAGGUGCGAGUCGCUGCCAUUAACAAGAUAGGAGAAGGAGGCUUCUCUGCGCAGAACAAGGUCCGCACCCUGGCAAGCAUGAAACCGGAAGUACAGCUUGAAAGGUCCAAAGAGGCGCGACCCCAGGAAAGUACUUCAAUCACAUGUAAUGCCACAGGAGACCCCCUUCCCACAAUGCACUGGGUCCGGAAGGGCAACAAACUGGUCCCUGAUAGCCGCACCGAAAUCUCCCAGCAGCCCCUCUCGUCCACUCUCACCCUGCAGAAGGUGGAGCCCUCGGACGGGGGCAUCUACACCUGCGUGGCCACUAGCCCGGUCGGGGAGGACAGACAAGACGUCAUUGUACAGACGAUCCCCUUCACCCCAGACAACGUGAGAGCUAAUCCAGGAGCCGCCUCUGUGGAUAUUAUAAUGGAGAUGCCCAAACCGAUCGAAGGAGCCGAGAUCCUCCGAUACAAACUGCAAUGGAGAGAGGAGGGCAGAAGCCAGUGGAGCACAACGACUGUGGAAGCCAACAAUUCCCUAACCAUCGCUGGCCUCCUCUCCGACACAUCAUAUGAGGUGCGAGUCGCUGCCAUUAACAAGAUAGGAGAAGGAGGCUUCUCUGCGCAGAACAAGGUCCGCACCCUGGCAAGCAUCGCGCUGUCCGUGUCUGAGAAGCCGGGCGUCGGCACUGGCGGAAUUGUGGGCAUCGUCAUGGUGAUCUUCCUGGUGCUGCUCGUCGCCGUGGAUACCACCUGCUACUUCACCAAUCACUGCGGCCUGAUGAUGUGCAUCGCGGUCAACCUGCUGGGCAAGAGGCCACCGGGGGCCAAGGGACUGGACGAGGAGGAGAGGAACGUGUCCACAGUCGACGUGGGACUGAAAGGGUUAAGUGCGUCGCAGGGGGGCGCCCCGAAUCAACCGAACGGGGUUCUGAGCGAGGUGACGUGUGACAAAGCGCCCCUCACCGGAUUUGAGUAGGAAAUGUUCGCAGUAAGAGGACCCUACACUUGAGUCUGCUAGACCAGGACACAGAGCGCCGAUGGGAGUCACAGUUUUUGGGACCGAAGUUUUUCAAGACAGUUUUAAUUACACAGCGAAUCUCACAAGCCCGCACUGAAUAUCACUGUUGAAAACACACACACGAAUCCAUUAUAACAGCUCGCUUAACAACAGCAUUGUUCUCAGAGGAAGAAAGAAAGCGCUCACGGCACAGUUAUAAAACCCAGGAUUUCGAUCAGCCUUUCUUUCAAUUCCAGAUCUGGUAUUGAAUUUUAGAAUGCGUUAGAAAAUCGAUUCUAUGUCAGGUAUAAGAGAUCAGCCUUCGUUAAGUAUUUGUAAAAACAAAAA